AUGGCGGCCGGCGGCGCGGCGCGGACCGCGCUGCUGCUGCUGCUCGGAGCAGCAGCGGCGCCGGUCCCAGCCCGGGGCUCGCAAGGGGACCGGGAGCCGCUGUACCGCGAGUGCCUGAGCCGCUGCGAGCGGCAGAACUGCUCGGGGGCGGCGCUGAAGCACUUCCGCGCCCGCCAACCGCUCUACAUGGGCCUGACAGGUACCGCCCCUGCCCCAGCCCAUUGGCUGUCGUGCCGGGCCACGCCUCCGUUGCCUGCAUGUCCCUCCCCCAAUAGGCGCACGCCCCUCCCAAGGGCCCCGCCUCCGCGCCUGCGGUGCCGGGCUGGGAGGCACUGGGGCCGCCUGCGGCUAGGCUAGGGGGUGCUGGGCUGUACUGGGAGGCACUGGGCCCUGCUGGUUCUGUACUGGGGGGCACUGGGCCAUGCUCAGGGCUGGAGCUGCAGAGACGACUGCAAGUACGACUGCAUGUGGCGCACGGUGCGACUCUACCUGCAGGGGGGCCACAGAGUGCCCCAGUUCCACGGCAAGUGGCCCUUCUGGCGCUUCCUCUGCUUCCAGGAGCCGGCCUCAGCCUUUGCCUCCUUCCUUAACGGCCUGGCCAGCUUCGUCAUGCUGCUGCGCUACAAAGCCGCUGUCCCCCCGGCCUCCCCCAUGUACCCCACCUGUGUCGCCUUCGCCUGGGUCUCCUUGAACGCCUGGUUCUGGUCCACCGUCUUCCACACUCGGGACACAGCUGUGACAGAGAAGCUGGACUACUUCUGUGCUUCGGCCGUGGUGCUGCACUCUGUGUACCUCUGCUGCGUCAGGACUCUGGGGCUGCAGCGACCAGCCUUAAUCAGCAUCUUCAGGGCCUUCCUCCUCCUCUUCCUCGCUUGCCACAUCUCCUACCUGACCCUGGUCCGCUUCGACUACGGCUACAACAUGGCAGCCAACGCUGGCAUCGGGCUGCUGAACCUGGCGUGGUGGCUGCGCUGGUGCCUGCAGAACCGCCCACGCCUGCCCCACGUCUGGAAGUGUGCAGCAGUGGUGCUGCUGCUGCAGGCCCUGGCACUGCUGGAGCUCCUCGACUUCCCCCCCCUCUUCUGGGUGCUGGAUGCCCAUGCCCUCUGGCACAUUGGCACCAUCCCCCUCAAUGUCCUCUUCUACAGUUUCCUGAUGGACGACAGCCUCUACCUCCUGAAGGCCAACUCUGACCUCUUCAAAGUGGACUAG